AUGGUGUUUUGCGAGGCCACCAACAUCCGUGCACUGUGGGACAAGCACAAGGAUCCAAUGUCUGAAGAUUACAUGCGGGACAACUCUAACACAAUAGCAGUAGAGCAAAUGGUGCUUAGAGACAUACGGGAUAUUGUUCAUUCUAUGGGGAAGGAUAUCAGAAAUUAUGUUCUUCCUGAGGUGAAGGACACAGAUUAUCUCCUUAGAAUUGGAAAUGGAACUGAACGGAUGAUUGGAGAUGAUUAUGUUCGUCUACCUGAUGACAUUGUGAUUGGUUAUACAGACACCGAAGAUUCAAUAAAUAAACUCAUUCAAGAUGUAUUCCCAUCACUUGAGGAAAAUGCAAGAUCAAUAGCUUAUAUGAUCAUCUGUGCCAUUCUUUCAACCAAAAAUGAGCAUGUGGGUCAGCUGAACGCAAAGAUGAUUGAUAAAUUUCCAGGCCAGGAAAAGGUUUAUCACAGCUUCGACUCUGUCGAUGAUGAUUCACACAAUCACUACCCUAUUGAGUUUCUGAACUCGAUCACUCCAAAUGGCCUCCCCCCACAUGUGCUCAAAGUAAGAAUCAACUGUCCUAUGAUUCUUCUCCGCAACCUUGAUCCUAACAAUGGCUUGUGCAAUGGAAUAAGACUAAUUGUUAGAGCAUUCCAAGACAAUGCAAUUGAUGUCGAAAUUGUUGGUGGACAACAUGUAGGCAAAAGGGUGUUCAUACCAAGGAUCACUUUGUUUCCCUCGGACGAUAUUUCACUUCCUUUCAAGUUCAACAGGAAACAAAUCCCAAUAUGUCUAAAUUUUGCAAUGACCAUAAAUAAAUCGUAG